AUGGAGUUCUUUUCUGCAACGGACUUGCACUCACAUUUUAAGCAGCCAAUAUCGGGUCUCCACAGGACAGCCAAGUAUAUCCAGCUCGGUAAUGGGUUGAAAACAUUGUUGAUAUCGGAUACUCACAGCUCGACCACAGCCGCAUCAAUAUGUGUCAACUCAGGCUCGCAUAAUGAUCCAGACUAUCUACCUGGGUUAGCACAUUUUUGCGAACACAUGGUGUUUAUGGGUUCGGAAGAGUUUCCUGAUCCAAGUGAAUUCAUGUCAAAGAUUUCCAUGAUGGGAGGCUCGUCCAAUGCCUACACCAUGGGGGAUGAGACGUGUUUCCAUUUUGAAGUGCCCUUGAACAACAGCUCGGUGAAUGGGGAACUUGGCCUCAUCCACUUGGUCAAGAUCUUUAGCUCCUUUUUCAAACAGCCCUUGUUCAGUGAACGGUACAUGAAGAUGGAGGUCAACAGUGUUGAUGAUGAACACCUGGGAAAUGUCACCAAUGAUGCAAAAAUUAUGUACUAUGGGAUGAAGUUGUUGAGUGACGCAAGACACCCGUUUAGAAGAUUUGCUACUGGCACUAAAGACACGUUGAAACAUAAAAAUGUGAGAUCGGAAAUGAUUAAAUAUUUCGACGAGUAUUUUGUUGCCGGGAAUAUGGUCUUGGUGUUGAAGAGCUCGCUCUCUGUGAACCAGUUGCAGAAAUUGGCCAUUGCUCAUUUUGGCAGCAUUCCAAGCCAGAGGAAGCAAAAACGGCGAUCUUUAACAAGAGCCAAGCAAAAAAGUAAACAUUUGAGUAGUGGAUCAGGAGUUGAACGAAGCUCUGGUUCCAGCUACUCAAGCUCAUCGCUGCUUUGCAUGGGUCAUGCACACGGUCAUGUACAUGGUUGUGGUCAUGGUGAAGUGUUUUCCCGCGAGUAUCGUAACCAAGUGUUAUGGAUAUGGUCUAAGCAGAAAGAUAAACGCAGCUUGAGGUUGAUGUUUCCAAUUUUUCUGCACCAGUUUGAUACCUUUUACGAAAACGUUUGGUGUUCCAUGUUGGGCGAUGAGUCUACUGAUUCCCUAUGCCGACAUCUACGAGACGAGUUAAACAUGAUUGAGUCAAUAUAUGUCUUUACCCAAUUCAUAUCCCAAAAUAACAAAGUGUUGUUGAUUGAUGUCGAAUACAAGAAGCAGGCGAAUUUAAACUCUACAAUCUGGGCUAUAUCCAAUUAUAUUGAUCAAAUGUUGAACCAAAGCGAGACUCAAAUUGAGGCAAUGUUGCAGGAAUAUUCCCGUUUAUUCAAAUUCCAGGCUUAUUUUGGCCUCGAUGGGGAGAGUGAAAGUGGAGGCAAUGGAGGCCAGGGUGGAAGUAGUGGAGGCGGCUUAACAGGAGACAAAGUCUCGGAUCUCGCGCUUUGUUUACAACGAAGAGAUUGCGAUUGCAAUUGCGAUUGCAACGUUGACGAUUUGUUCAUUGGUGACUCGUUCAAGUACCAGCAAAAUAGCGUGCGACAUUUCUUGCUGAGGUCGAGGCAAGUUUUCAAUUUGGAAAAUCUAAAUGCCGUUGUUUUGGCGAAUGAACCACCCAACACUAUAGCUACAGUAUACUCUGGAGCAAGCCAAUUUACAGUUGACCCUUACUACAAUUUUGAGUAUGUGGUUCUAAGGUUCAAAGUGGUGCCCACUAAUCAAACUUGCCCCAGCUUUCUGUUCAACCGGCGCAACGCGUACAUUUCCUACUCUCAUGACGAGUUGGAUGAGCAAAUCAACCAAUCAGCAACAACAACUACAGCAUUGACUAAGCCGUAUCAAAACACCGCUGAUGACAAUAUUGUUGAUGGUAAGAUCCCCAAAUUACUAGACUAUUCAAGAUAUCACGAAAUAUGGCACAAGCAAGCGGAAUCGCGGUACAUUACUCUAUCAUUUCUGAUCUCAUUAACCAAGCAGCCAAAUACGGUCAGUGCUGCCGUUGCAACAGAAAUAAUUGCAGAUUACGUGGGCCACAUUUUGAAAACAGAAUUUUACCAUGCGGAGCUGGCGUUGUUUUCGUGGGCCGUGUUUGCCAACUAUAUCGUUCAACCUUCGUUGAGUUUUGAAAUCAGGGGACUCAAGCUGGGACUGGGGCUGGAGCUGGAACUGGGGUUCAAAAAAUUUGUAGGGGACAUGAUACUGCGGGUAAAGAUGUUGUUGCGUGAAUACAAUCCAGACUAUCGAGAGUUUUCCAGGCAGAAACUAAAAGUGCGAAACUACUACGACUUGCUUCAGACUGGUGAUGUGAUUAAAAAAGUCAUUGCUGGCUCAAUGAUGUAUUUGGAAGAAAAUGUCACCAGUAUCGAAGACCGUCUUCAAGAGUUGGAGUUUUUAACCAAGGACAACGUGAAGCAAAUAUGCGGGGAAUUUAUUGAUGGAUGCAAGAGAAACUAUGUUUUCAUCUCGGGACCGUCUGCUGCGGCGGCGAUGAAACUAAGCCAGGUGAUAAACAGCUUGACUUCCCAUCAGCGAAUUUACAUGCAGCGCCAUGAACUUGAAUCUCCCACGAGUGCCACUUUACCCACGGGAAGGAGUGAUAUCGUCAAAAGUAACAACAAUCUAGAUGAUAAUGACAUAGUUUACUAUUACGUACAAAUGUGCAAACAACGAUCAAACAAGUACAAUUUGUCGGUGGUUCAGUUUCUAUGCCAUCUUUUGAACCAAAUUGCUCCGCCUUAUUUGCGAACACAGAGACAAAUCGGGUACAUGGUUCUCAGCGGGAUGAGAGUCAAUAAGCAGACAUUGGGCAUUUAUAUCCUUGUCGGCAGCAAUUCCUACUCCCACACUCGAAUCAAGCUUGAAAUUGAAAACAUGUUGCUAGCGUGGGAGACAAAAUUGCUCAAUCUUAGCGAGCAAGAAUUCCAGAACCACGUUACGCAUUACCUCAAGAGCCGUGAGAAAAGCCACGAGGAAGAGCUGAUUCCACUGAAUAUCCAUCUUGGCGUCGACCCAAGUCAACUGAGUGAUAAUCGCGCUGAGAAUAUGAAACAUUUACGUGAUUGGGAAUGCAUCCUCACGAAAAACCAUGACGAUUUCGAGCGCUCGUGCAAGCAUGAAUUGGACUAUUUGAAAGAGUGGGGCUUGGAUCUGGUGCGGGCGUUUUUCAAGCGGCACGUCUCGGUGAAUUCCAAAUCGCGUGUUGCGCUCACUGUGUCCGUUACUUCUAAUUUAGAAAGUCGAGAGCGGAAAGGUGAGAGUGUGACUCAUACUCAUAUCGGCAACUUGCUCAAAGGGUUGCGACUCCACUGA